UAAACCCCUCUGCCACCGUUUAUUUAAAGCCUUUUCUUCGCCGCUACCUCUCAACUCUCAAACUCAGUUUCAGUCCAAAUCCAAGGGAACUUGGGUGCAAAUCUGAUAAAGAUGUCGAAUCCAAAAGUUUUCUUUGACAUUGCAAUUGGAAGGAUGAAAGCAGGGAGAAUAGUAAUGGAGCUGUUUGCUGAUGUAACACCAAAAACAGCUGAAAACUUCAGGGCUCUAUGCACCGGAGAGAAGGGGAUUGGAAAAUCUGGGAAACCUUUGCACUACAAAGGAUCUUCGUUUCACCGAAUUAUUCCUCAGUUUAUGUGUCAGGGUGGAGAUUUUACCAGAGGGAAUGGGACUGGUGGAGAGUCAAUUUAUGGUUCUAAAUUCGCCGAUGAGAAUUUCAAGUUGAAGCAUACAGGACCUGGUAUGCUUUCCAUGGCGAAUGCAGGGCCCCAUACAAAUGGUUCUCAGUUUUUUAUAUGUACUGCCAAGACUGAAUGGCUUGAUGGGAAGCAUGUUGUGUUUGGAAAAGUUAUUGAUGGGUACAGUGUGGUUAAGGAGAUGGAGAAGGUUGGUUCAAAUGCUGGGAAGACAUCUGAACUGGUUGUUAUAGAAGAUUGUGGUCAGAUAGCAGAGAAUUGAAUUCAUCAUCCAUGGGUUUUUCAUGGCAAGUUUUAAGCCUUGUUAGUAAUACAAUGUAAAUUAAUAAGCGAUUUAUGUAUUACAAGUAAAAUGCUUUUAAGUUGAUUUUAAUUGAUAAA